UUUUGUUUAAACUCUGGCUUUCGAUCCCUGUCAGUUGUUAGUCACGAUUAAUGGAAAGGGUUCCUUAUUUGUGUAUAUAAGACCCUCUUUUGCGAGGCUGCCGAGCCGGAAUAGCCUCACUUCCGACCGCCGGGCAGAAAUUUAAGGGAUGGUCUCUCCACCUUUCGAUUCUGGGCCAACAAAGUCGUUCAGUUCUUGCUCCUGUGCUCCUCCUUUUUAUGAUGCUACGCCUCCAUCGCCUUAAACCUACGAGCUCAGGCCGAACUCAGAGCCACGAGAUGAGAUCGUGCAGAUAUAACACCAACAUGUGGGUAGUUCCCUCUAUUCACGGUACACCUUUCUACCUCAUCCACCUUGAAUCGCAUAUCAAGAGACGCUGUAGAUGGCACGAUCAUGACUCUGUCUUGCGCAGGAACUGGGCAUUGUGAAUCACUGGAUGCCCUUGAAUCAGAGCACAUGGAAAGACUCGGGAUAUUUAUGAGGUCGAACACUGGCCCACAUCGAUUCAUGUCCUCCACCCUUAUCAUCGAGCCUACAACCUACUCUGCUCUUUGCACAGUUUACCUUGAAACAAUCCAAACUCAGAGUCAGCAAUCUACGGACUCAGAAAUAAGUCCACAGGCCGGCCCUUACUUAGAGUGCUCCCGUGUUGAUGUCGAGUCAGAGAGUAUUGAAGCCCAAGACGAGCAAUACAAAGAGCUCGAUUUCUGCGCCAUCCCAAUACACAUCCUCACUACGGCACAAAAAUACUUCCUCGAAACCGCCCCCGAACCCGGAAAAAUAAUAUCCAUAAACCUAGUCUCUGUCGACGAACCAGUCAAGAUCAAUCUCUCCGACCUUCAAUUUCUCGAAGUCCUUGCUAUCCCGGAACAUGUCUUGUUGCCAUUGCAAGAAUAUUUCCUUAAUCGACGCGCAAACCCGAAGGAUUAUCCGAAGUACGUUGGGGUUAGGAUCACACAGGAAGAUGCGAGGCUUUAUGAUAAUGUUUUGAGCUGCUGCUCGCGGGGGUGUGCUCAUGAGCUAUCCAAGGAAGUUGAGUCUGAGAUGGAGGCUAAAGAGGCGUUUCGUGAAUCACAUCUGGAAGAUCCUGAUGGGACCACCGAACAUGAGUCCAGCGAGGAGCAUCAAAGAGAGGCUCCCGCGAAUACCGAGUCAGUCUGCUCAACACACCGCCGGGGUAGUGAUAAUGUCGACGUGGAUAGGGAGGAAGAUGGAUCGUCAGAGGAGAAUUCCGAAGACGGGGUUUGGAUCAUUGGUUUAGGAGCAUCUGGUUGAUUUUGACAAGCAACCGGUUUGGAUUGGGUUGACAAAUCCGAGCAAUCUUUUUUCACUCUUUUCCCUAAAACUGAGUCGUCCCAUGUUGACACAGUCUUUCACAGUCCAGUUACAAAUCGCGUGGGCAUAUGGUCACUGAUAUUUUACUACGAUUUCUUUCAAUUUUAGUGUCCUCAAUCUCCUUU